ACGCUCACGCGCGCGAGUGCGCGUGCAAACAUGGCCGCCUCUGUAUCCCCGCUCCGCUCCUACUGGGCGCUUUGUAGCGGGUUGGCAAACCCCCACCGCUCGUGCCGGGCCAAGCUUCGGACACACAGAAAAUGGGAGAAUCAGCGGAGACACCUGCACCAGUCUGCGACGAGGCAUGCUGCCGUUGUGAUUUCGGGGGCGGCGAUGGCUCGUCAGCUCCACAGAGAGAUCCAACGUGACGUGGAAGAGCUUGUCGCUCAGGGCAACAUGAGACCUCAUCUAGGAGUGGUCUUCGUGGGGGAUGACCCGGCCAGCAGGACUUACGUUAGGAACAAAACACGCGCUGCCAGCACUUUGGGUAUUUCCAGUGACACGGUGUUGCGGCCGAGCUCAGUUUCUCAGCAGGAAUUGCUGGAUCUAAUAGACAAGAUGAACCGAGAUUGGCGGGUCAGCGGACUGUUGGUGCAGCUGCCACUUCCUGAGCACAUCAACGAAAGAGCAGUGUGUAACGCCAUCGCUCCAGAAAAGGACGUGGAUGGCUUCCAUAUCGUGAAUAUCGGCAAGCUGUGUCUUGACCAGAGAUCCAUGGUGCCUGCCACACCCGCAGCUGUCUGGGAGAUCAUCAAAAGAGCAGGUAUCGAGACAGUGGGAAAGAAUGUGCUGGUUGCUGGACGCUCCAAAAAUGUCGGGAUGCCCAUCGCCAUGUUGCUGCAUACCGAUCGGAACCAUGAGCGCCCUGGCGGGGACGCCACAGUGACCAUCGCUCACAGAUGUACACCGAGGGAGCGGCUCAAGGAGCUAACCAGCCUCGCAGACAUCAUUGUGACCGCUGCAGGUGUUCCCGGUCUGAUCACAGCAGACAUGGUGAAAGAAAGCGCCGCGGUCAUUGAUGUGGGCAUCAACCGCAUUGUCGAUCCCAACACGGGGAAACUGAGGCUCAUCGGUGACGUGGACUUUGAGGGUGUAAAAGAGAAGGCCAGCUUCAUCACUCCCGUUCCUGGAGGUGUGGGUCCUAUGACGGUGGCCAUGUUGAUGAAGAACACCGUGACCGCUGCCAGAAAUGCGCUGAUGCAUUAGCAUGAUCCACAACGUGAUGCAUACACACUUUCUAGAUACCUUUUUUUUUUUUUUAAACCAUGACCUCACAAAAAAAAACAACUUCCGGGUGGCAAAAGGUCCAACGAUUUCUAAUCUCACAAAUGAACAAACGUUAAGUCAUUUGAGGGAUUGAGAAACCAGAGGAAAUUACUGCAGCGAUGGUUUCUGCCUUCGUCUCUACUACCAUUGUUUGAAUUUGUGACAUGUCAGUCGAAAAUAUGCUGCGUAAAGUAAGUUGCUUCCAAGGGAGACGGAACACAGAAGCCAAUUCAAAAAUAGAAGUGGUAGAAAUUCAGAAAAUGUCAACAUGAUAAUUGAGCUGGCUAUGUCAAGGACUUUUAUGUUGCUUGGAUUCAAAGGCGAAAUCGAGUCAAAUAAUGUCUUGAAAAUAAUAUAUUCUAUGUGGUCCCACUGGUCUAAACGAGCUAUUCUGAUGAUGAUGAUCUGUUUGCAUUCAUUUUAGAGGGCAGCCAUUUUGUCACUUCCUGUUGACCGACAAUUACAUCACCAUUGCUCAGGCAACCACCGAUGGUGGCUCAGCUUGCGAACGUCACAUGACCAAACUCAGAAAACAGGUGAACCCUGAUUGGUCGUUACCUGAGCCUUAAGCAACCGUGAGGUCAUUUUCAGUCCACAGCAAGUGGCAGUAUUAAGCAACAUGGCCGCCCGCCUGAGAUGGAUAAUGGUGGAUGUUCAUGUUUAAUUCACAUUACACAAACGCAGUAUUAAUCAGAAUACCGAUUCUCGACGGGUGGGGUCAUUUAGAACAUGUUAUUGGAGGGGGGAAUGUUGCGGUUACUUCCCCUUUAAUGGCACAGACUUGCUCUUUUGACAGUGAAACGGUUAGCAUGUUGCACCUUUCACAUAAGUGAGCAGGCUAGCCAUUACGUUUUGCUAAAUUACUCGAAAAAAAAAAAAAAAACAAUCUAUACAUGGCUGUGUGAAAAUGCCUUCCACAUAACCAUUUGGACGUGGCUAACUCACUUCUGGUUUGUCGCGAUCUUCACUGUACAACUGUGAGCAACACUACUCAAUGUAUCCUCCCCACACAGAUUCCACUGGAUUUUUUUUCAAGAAAAUAUUUUUUGAAAAUCUAAACCUUUUGGGUACAUCAAGUUAUUUUCCCUUGUUUUCAGUUCAUUUCAGUGGUAGUCCAUUUUUUUCUGCCACCUGGAAGUACUCUGGUGCCUAUUGUUUACAAACGUUCUGAAAAGCUAUACAAAGCAUCGAGACUCCAUACCUGCUUACUUGAGACGUUUAUACUAUGUUCCUUUUCUUGGCUUGUUUGUAAUUACUUAUUUAUUUCUUCUUAUAAGAGUUCAUAUUUUUUCUACCAAGGACAUUUUGGGUUUCACAGAAAGUGAAAAUGAAAUAAAGCGUGCUACGGAUGCUCUCAAAAAAA